AUGUCGGAGGCUGGAAACUGGUGCCUUAUCGAAAGCGACCCAGGAGUAUUCACUGAAAUGCUCCGCGGAUUUGGCGUCGGUGGAAUGCAGGUCGAAGAGAUUUAUUCCUUCGACGACGACAAGACUAUUACAAAGUGAGUUAUUCGUUUUAUUAGCAACGAAGUGAAAAAAUGUCGUUUAGGCCAGUUUACGGACUCAUUUUUCUGUUCAAAUGGCGACAAGGAGAAGAAGCUUCCGGCGCCCCGGUCGACGCUCCAAACAUUUUCUUCGCGCAGCAAGUGAUUCAAAACGCGUGCGCCACCCAGGCCCUCAUCAACCUUCUGAUGAACAUCGAGGAUCCGAAUAUCAAAAUCGGUGAUUUGAUGAGCCAAUACAAGGAUUUCGCUAAGGAUAUGGACCCGGCCACCCGUGGACUGUGCCUCUCGAACAGUGACGAAAUUCGCGAGGUGCACAAUAGUUUCUCCCGUCAGACUCUGUUCGAAUUGGACAUCAAGGGCGGCGAGCCAGAGGACAACUAUCAUUUUGUGACGUAUGUGCCAGUCGGAAAUAAAGUUUACGAGCUGGACGGUCUCCGCGAGACACCGCUUGAAGCCGCCGAGAUCCCCGAGGGAGCCGAUUGGCUUAAAGUGAUCGAACCGGUGAUCCAGAAACGAAUGGAGAAGUACAGCGAGGGAGAGAUCCACUUCAACCUGAUGGCCUUGAUUUCGGACCGGCGGGAAAAGUUCCAGGAGAUGCUGCGGAGCUUGGAGGCUGCUAACGAGAACAACGAGUUCGCCGUGCAAAUCGACGAUGUGAAGAGAGCGAUCGAGGAUGAGGAGGAGAAAAUGGCUGAGUACGUACGGAAAAUAUGAUGCGAAAACACUUCCAAAAAUUCUCUCCCAAAAUACAAACGCUUAAUGUUUAAAGAACUUCAGAUACACUAGAGAGAACAGCCGUCGCCGUCACAACUACACUCCGUUCGUUAUGCAGCUGAUGAAAAUUCUGGCGAAAGAAGGAAAGCUCAACGGACUCAUCGAGACCGCUCAUAUGACGGCCAAACAUCGUGCCAAAAUGGCCACCGAGAAGACGAUGCUCGAGUUGAAGAGAAAACAGUAA